AUGGGCAAGCGUUUACAUUACUCGAGCGCCUCAUCGGAGGACGAGGACGAGGCCUCAGUCGGAAAUGAGGCUUCUGCAUCUCCACCUCCACAAAAGCUCGCUGCCGUUGAGACCGACGACAUCUCGGCCCCAGAGAAUGCCAUCCACUGUUCGCUUCCACCACAUCGAGAAACACUCGUCUUCGCGACGCCUGAGGAGUUUGAGAUACAUUACGCCAAAGAGCACUGGAAUCGAUGUACGGCCUGUGGCAAGAAUUUCCCAACAGCACACUUUCUCGCCCUGCAUAUUGACGAACACCACAACACCUUUCGAGAAGCCCUGCAAUCCAGAGGCGAGAGAACGUAUGCCUGCUUCGUUGAGGGCUGUGACCGACUUUGCUCGGCUCCGCAAAAGAGACGAAUGCACCUAAUUGACAAGCACAUGUUCCCCAAGACGUACAACUUCCGCGUCGUGGAUACUGGUAUCGACAAGUCAACGUCAAUGCUGCACGAGGGCCGCCGAAGGCGGGUGUCUACGACAGCGGACCUGAGUCGAACAAGCAGACAUCAACCAUACGAAACUCGAUCUGGAGGGAUGUCCAGCGUGCAUAGCUCCGUCCCACGUGAACGCAAGGAAGCACAGGGCUUGGGCCGACAGCAGAAAGAAAGCGAGGUCGGUAAUCUCAAAUCCAGCAAGCUUGUCUCGGAUAGCACCAUCAAUGAUCUGGCGACAUCCAUGUCGGCACUUCGAUUUGUGCCACCUAGUGUCGCAAACAAGCAGCGGAAGAAGCCGCCCCCGCCGUGA